UCUUUGUAUUACUGUAGGAGGCGAGUCCCAGUAGAACGCGGAUGUGCCUCCCUUUUAUCUAGUCAGGCUCCAUCUCUGGCCGACCGGAUGGUCCGGCCCGGCCCAGCUCAGAACCGAUUAGAACUUCGGCCCGGAGACACAGGGACGGCUUGCGGCCGUACCCGAAACGCCCAUCCGUGCGUGCCCACUCGUGUGUUUCGGAUUUACCGUGGCGUGUCCUCCAGCUGAGGUAGAGCUGGUGGAGCGACUGGACCAGAGCUGUAAGCCAACGAAGAGAGACAAACCCCACCCGCCGAAAGCUUCCCCGAGGAGGAGAGCCCCGAAACCACGUUUGCAACUGUCAAGCAGGUAGCGUUUGAGUACUGGAUUCCGCUCCAGCUCACCAACUGAUUCCAAGCCACCUUCAAAGAUUCAAGAUGCCCCCUUUGGACAAAAUUCCAGCUGGCAGCAUUCUGGCUCCUCUCUGUCUUCUGGCUCCUCUCUCUCUGUAAGCGAACCCUGCUCAUCCUUCACCGUACCUGUCAUUAACCCACACCCAGUGUCGUACUUACCAACUUCCUGGAAACAACUUACCUCCUGCAAGCAGCUUGUCAUCCUGAAUCAAGAUCAUCACCUCCUGACAAACUCUCCACUCCUCGGCUCCGCUCACUUCCCCCCGGCGGUUCAUCUACGCAUCACCUGAUGGAGAUAAUAAGAUCUACAUGGAGAUGAGAAAAUAAUUGCCUGAAGAGCAAAAAGAAGCAUAAGAAAGAACAAGAAGACUGGAAAAACUAAUAGACUAAUAGACAAAAACAAGCACACCCUACAGGUCCCUCCUCCUUGCUCCCUGCUGCGCUGCAGCCUUCUCUCCACAUCUCCUUUGCCACAGCGGAGCCUGCUGGGAAUGCGCAGGCUAGUAAGCAGGGCCACCGAUGACAGCGGAAAAACAGCUAUGGCACAUUUACUGGUAGGGGUGAAACAUCGACCAUAUGCUUUACAUACACUAGGGCCUGCCUAUACUUUGACUACAAACUUGGUCCUCAGAUCAUUAGCACAGCCAUUAGGACAACUGCACUGCAGCACACUGACAAUCUACAGCUAGAACAACACUACAUGCUGUGCUGAGGAAGGAUGUGAGCAGUGCGUACACAAGCAUGGUUGACACUGCUAAGACAUUCCUCCUGGCUCUGAUUGGUUAUUUCUAACCGGGAGCAGUGUAUUUCUGCAAAGAGCAGUAGGACCACAGGGAGGAACCAGAGGAGGGUUUUUUUUUUUUUUACAGAUCAUCUGUCUCAUAUUGUACUGUCAGGACAUAGUGACAGUUUUAACAAAAAUGUAAAAGAGUUUUACAAAAGUUGCCCACUGCAGCUUUAAGUUUUCAAUUAAGGAGAACAAGUAAAGUUCAACAUAACAAAAUACAAAAGUGGUAAAUGAAAGCCACAAAGACUCGAGAAACACAAACAGAGCUACAGGGGAAAGAAGCUAAAAGCUCAGGAGAGAGCCUCACCGGUUGAAGGACAGGACAAACAUCUGGAUGACCUCCCCAGGUGCAGCCAGCAGGCUCUCUGCACUACAAAGAUGGCCUCCAACUUCAGUGACAUCGUUAAGCAGGGCUAUGUACGAAUGCGGAGCCGGAAGCUUGGGAUCUAUCGACGCUGCUGGCUUGUGUUCAAGAAGUCAUCCAGCAAAGGACCCCGUUGUCUUGAGAAAUACCCUGAUGAGAAGGCUGCCUACAUCAGAGCAUGUCCUAAAGUGACAGAAAUUAGUAACGUCAAGAACAUCACCCGGUUACCUCGGGAUACCAAGCGACAGGCAGUUGCCAUUGUGUUUGCAGAUGACACCUCACGCACUUUCACCUGUGAAUCAGAGCUGGAGGCAGACGACUGGUGCAAGAUGCUGUCAAUAGAGUGUCUUGGUAUGCGACUGAAUGACAUCAGUAUGGGAGAACCUGACUUGCUUGCUGCUGGAGUACAGUGUGAACACACAGAGCGAUUCAAUGUGUUCCUCCUUCCUUGUCCCAACCUGGACAUCUAUGGGGAGUGCAUGAUGCAGAUAACCCAUGAGAACAUAUACCUGUGGGAUAUCCACAACCCCCGAACCAAACUGGUUACCUGGCCCCUCUGCUCUCUUCACCGCUAUGGACGUGAUGCCACACGCUUUACUUUUGAAGCUGGACGGAUGUGUGAUAGGGGUGAGGGCCUCUACACCUUCCAGACCACAGAGGGGGAGCAGAUCUACCAGAGGGUCCACUCAUCUACACUGGCCAUUGCUGAGCAGCACAAAAAGCUCCUGCUGGAGGACGAGAAAAACAGAAGGCGGCUGUCUAAGGACUCAGAGGCUGGCUCCUACCCAUGCACACCAACUGCAGUCCUACCCCGAUCCGCAUACUGGCACCACAUCACUGGAAACCAGAACAGCAUGGAUGUCAAGGUUUGUGUAGCGGAGGACCCCGGAAUGCAGACAAGCAGGCAGCAUGAUGAUGAUGUUGCAGAGGACGAGCUACUAUCCACACAUCUGCUGCCUGAGGGUCACACCACGCUGCCCCUAAAUGCACAAGCACAGUCCCCGUCAUAUAUGCAUUCAGACACCUAGAGGAGGAUUUGGACCUAUACAAGUAUAUGGAGACAUGAAGCAAAGACACUUAUUUGUCCUGUUUCUAAUGCUGCAGUUUGGUGCUGUAGUAUUAGGCGUUAGAGGACAUGUUGCCAGCUUAUUGACCAAGUGCAGUUGGACUGCACACCCCUGGACUUCCUUCCAUGACUGCAGUUCUACAGUAGGCUAGGGUUUUGGUAGACAUUCAGCUCUGCCUGGGGUUUUGUAAAAAUUUCUCUCACUUGCUGUGAAAUUUGGAAAUAUGCUCCUAAUCAUUAAGUUUGUUUAAAAGACACAACGAAGCAGCUUAAACAUUUUAGAGACUCAUCUUUACUCUGGAUUAUACUCAAACUCUCAAAACUGAAUACCAAGUGAGUAUCAGUGUUACAGAAUAUGCAAGCUACAACUAUGUAAAUUAAAACAAAAAAGCAUUAUGUUUUCUUUCUUCUGCUAUUUUAGUGUUUGUAACUUGGGGAGGCUGCAGCUCAGUUGUAUAAAUAGCCAGUUGGCAAUUAGAAAGUUUUAGGUUCAAUUCCAUCUUCCACUCAUGCCACUUGUCAAUGUCCCUUUGAUCCAGGCACUUAAUUCCAAAUUGCUAACAAUAUAUAUAUGAGUGCAGGACGGGUGAAUGCUGCUCUAGUAUAAAAGUGUUUUGAAUUAUCAGGAGGUCUAGUUGAGCUCAACUAGUGUCGGUUUUUAUCCCUUUUAAAGUUUACUUACAAGUUCAGCUGCUAAACCUAACAAAUCUAACAGGAUGUUGCUGUUUACAUGCAUAUCUUGGCUCUGUGAAUUUUAGUUUUCAAAAAAUCAUAGUUGGGUUUUUUACAAAAGAAGGUGUUUCCUUAAAGAAGAGCUACACUUCAAAGAGAAAUCUGUUUUUUCAGAACAUCACAUUUAAAGACUGGGACAUUUGGACAAUUGCCACACAUGACAUUUGAUGACAAGCUGGAUUGUAUACAGCAUAUUUGUUUUUUUUGGCAAAAUCUUUACUGUACUGUAGCUGCAUGCCAUGAUCUAGAAGUAGAUUUUCUUUUUUUCUUAUGAUAUUCUAACUUUCGCUCCUGUUUUCACAGUUGUUAUGAAGUGUGUGGACAUCGGGGCUGCCUUGGGUGAGAUGGAUUGGAUGUUCAAAAUGGGUCACAUGGAAUUUUCUUGGUCUGUAUUGCAAGGCUUGUAUUGUCGGAUGGAAUAAUGCAGUGGCCAAUGCUGCUAUUUGUUUCCUGUGUGUGCUGAAGAACAGCAACCUCCCAGCAUAAUGCUGCCAGCACCAUGUAGCACCGUGAGGAUGAUGUAAUUGUGGGGAUGUAGAGUGUUAGCUUUCCCCAAUAAAUGUUGCAUAUGAGCCAAAACGGGUCUAUUUUUAUCCAAUCUGACCAAAGUUAAUUUUUUACAUGUUUGCUGAGGCUCCCUCUCCGUGUGAUUUUUAUGUUGGCUAUUGCACGUGGGCUGAGUCUGUUCCUGCUUCCUUUCACCCUAUGACCCUGUGCGACCGCUAAUGGUAAAGCUUUCUAAAAUCAUGUCGGCUUCGAAGGGUGGGUAUAAAAGGGAUCAUAUCAUGACGCUCUUCCCGGUAGCUGCAAAGCACAAAUCAGUUGAUGGUCAUUCCACUAAUGACGGGCCUGCAGCCAGUAGUAGCACUGCAUCAGUCAGUCAUAGACAAGGACGUCAUUUCUCCUGUUGGAGGGUUUAACAAGCAGAAGAAAUGGAGGCCCGGCAUCGAUCCAGCAUGGAAAGAAGCCUUCCAAUGGCUGGAAAUAAUUGCCGAUGAAGCUGGUAGGUCUUUACAUUGGGUUAUUUGCGCUCACUUUUAAAUCUUUGAUUUUACUUUUAUGCUAGCUGUGCUAUUUUUGCCAACCACUUCCAUAAUUUCAGUCUAACAUUGAAACAUUGAUUAUUAUGGCCACUAUUAGCCAUCUAUAACAGAGCCGGUCUAGGCAUGCAUAUAUGAGGGGGCAGGCAGAAAUGUUCAAUUCAAUUCAAUUCAAAGUUACUUUAUUGAUCCCUGAGGGGAAAUUAGAAUUCCAGUAGAACCCAUCCAAACAGACAU